GGGUGUCCCGUAUGCUGCCAAGGUCGGGCAUGAACCUCUACCUCCAACCAUUGGGAGAAACGUGCUGGGGAGAAAAGUAUUGUACCUACCUGGCUUUUUCACAUAUGCUAAACACAUUGUGGCAGUGGAUGGGAAAACAGGCCUCUUCCGCGGCCUAGCUCCUCGAAUCCUCUCCAGCACUUUAUCCACCGUCACCCGGGGCACUGUAAAGAAGGUCUUUCCUGUGGAGGACAUGGAGCAUGUUUCUAACAAGGAUGAUGUGAAGACUUCCCUCAGAAAAGUGAUGAAAGAGACCUCUCAUGAGAUGCUGACGCAGUGCAUGUCCCGGGUUAUCUCGCACCCCUUGCACGUGAUCUCAGUGCGCUGCAUGGUCCAGUUUGUAGGCCGGGAAGUCAAGUACAGUGGUGUGCUGAGCUCCAUUGGCAGGAUUUUUAAAGAAGAAGGGAUCUUGGGAUUCUUUGUCGGCUUAGUCCCUCACAUCCUGGGAGACGUCGUCUUCCUGUGGUGCUGUAACAUCCUGGCUCAUUUCAUCAACACCUACGCCGUGGACGACAGUUUUAGCCAGGCAUCUGUGAUCAGGAGCUACACGAAGUUCGUGAUGGGGAUUGCUGUGAGCAUGCUGACGUAUCCCUUCCUUCUGGUGGGAGACCUCAUGGCUGUGAACAACUGUGGGCUACGUGCCGGCCUGCCUCCCUAUGCUCCUGUGUUCACCUCCUGGAUUCAGUGCUGGAGGCACCUCAGUGCUCAGGGGCAGCUGUUCCGGGGCUCCAGCCUGCUUUUCCGCAGAGUGUCUGCCACAGCAAGUUUCCCUGUUGACUAAUUCUGCUUGUACUUUAUUAACUCGUUACCUCGGCUGGGAGAGAGGGGACACAUGGCUCUACAGGGCCUCCGCUGAGGGUUUUUCUUUUGAAUCUGAAGACCAAAGUGCAGGGACAAGCUGCCUCCUGUCCAGCGAAGCCGGAAAUGAACCCACCUGUGGCGAGCUGGGUUGGAGCCCAUUGCUAGUGGUUGGUUUGGCUGAGGUGCACCAGUUGGCUCCUCCGGCUCAGCCUGCAGGGCUUGAGUCAGAAGGGACAGUCUGUGCUGUAAAAGUGGCCAGUGCCCAGUCUCCCAGCAGCACUGCAGCGAGAAGCUGCUUUAGGCAGCCCGUGCUUGGGAGAUGAACUAGAAUUUGCCCUGCCAAUGGGAUCACACCGUAGGUGGCCCUCCGCCCUCGUGCCGCACGGCACUACAGGAAGUGUCUGCGCUUAGCGCUCUCGCCUGCCUCCCUUUGUAACUGCCUUGCCCGGCCAGCCCACGGACACACCGCGGUGCUUGCGA